AUGUUGGCUAUCGGAGACGUUAUUUUAAGAGCUUUUAACUUUGUGUUUUUAGCCAUUGCCCUUGGUUUGACUGGUUCAUUAGCUGCCACUACAGUAUACCAACACAAUCCACAAAUUAACUUUGCCGUCUUUGCCGCAGCUUUUGGUCUUUUGACUUCAUCAAUCUAUGGUGUUUUGGCAUUCUUUAUUGAAGCUUUGGCCUGGCCAUUGAUCUUGUUCAUUUUCGACUUCUUGAACUUUGUUUUCACAUUUGCUGCUGCUUGUGCUAUUGCUGCUGGUAUUAGAGUACAUUCAUGUGGUAACCAAGACUACCUUGAUUCCAACAAGAUUAACCAAGGAUCAAGUGGAAGAUGUAGAAAGGCACAAGCUUCAACUGCAUUUUUGUUCUUUUCCGCUUUUAUCUUCAUUGCUUCAGGUAUUUUCAGUGCUAUUGGAUUGUUCAAGGGUGGUUUGUUUGGCUCAAAAUACUCAAGAUCUGCUCCAAGAACCGGUGUUCCAACUAUGUCACAAGUUUAA